AUGCUUGCUAUGGAUGCACCAACCAAACCAAAGGAACAAACUGUAUAUAAUUGGCACGAAUCACCACAUGAAGAUUUGAGAACUAGAGCAGCGGUUAUUAGGGCAAAAGCGUCUUGUCCCGUAACUUCAAAGCCGGUAAAUUUUGUGUGUCCUUAUUCCGGGAUACCUACACAUGCUACAGAAGAAGCUUGGCGGAACGAUACUAAUUAUCAUAGCUCAAAACGUUAUGAAAUAUUGAAACAGGCCAAUAUAUUUGAGCAUCAGUUGAGAGAGAAGAAAUUCGACUUUGUGUUUCCCAAGGAGCAAGAGAAGGAAUAUGCAGUUAAUUUGUCAAAUUGGGAUACCUAUUUCUAUACGCGUGAUUAUCCACCCAUGGACGACUUUGUAGCUUCGAUGUACACAAAAUUGUUGACGUAUCCUCUUACAAUUGGGUCAAUUUUACAUCAAUACUCGCCAUAUGGAAAAAGGGAAUUGACGUUUGAAGGAGAAAAGAGUUUGGCAGCUUUGCGCUAUACUUUAUACGGACAAAAAAAGAACAAUGCCGAGUUUAAUCUUAAAGAGAAAAUCAGAAUAUUCGUUCUUGGUGAGGAUAUGAUCCCCGGAGUUUCUUGGAAACAGAUGGGUUUCUUGUUUGGAGACAAUUUGUUUGAUAUCCAUAUCAUUGGUGACACCAAUCUGCCGCCUGUACGUUACGAUGAUCAAAUUAAUGUUUACCGACAUUCUUACCAGCAUUUAAUCGAUGGUAACCUUUUCCCAUUUGAUCCCUAUUUCGAUGUGUUUAUGUUGAAUCAGCCAGGUUUCAACUUCAAUGAGGUGUUUUGGAAAACAAUGGUGAAAUGUUUACUAGAUUCCAAAUGUGCCGUUUUCGUGACCGGUUACGAUGAUAAGGAUAUCUCUCGAGAGAUGAAAUGGGUGGAAGAUAACUUCAACGAUGAUAUGGACUUGUUAAUGAAGCCUAUUAAGAAUGUAUUCUCCUGUACCAAACCUGAAAUCAAUGAUCUUAACCCAACAGAGCCAUUCCAUAUAAACAGCCGUAUUUUUGGAAUUAGAGGAAAGAGAUACCAUGCCAUCAAAGUAUAG